AAGCACCGUAGUUGUAGCUGCACAUGUGUGCAUAUAUAUAGUCAUGCGGCCAUUGCUGUAAGGCCUCCAUAGAGCAAAUUUUCCGACUUCUCCCGGGUAAGUCUUCCCUUCACGUGAAUUGCAGAUACGAAUAACGUGCAUAUAUCAUAAUGGCAACGCUAUUACGAUACGUCAAGUAUUUAAGACAAAAUCAUGGUAUCGCGAGAAGGAUAAGUUUGAGUCCAAAUCUUGUCGAGCCGAAUGUACCACGAGUUGGCCUCUACAACCAACGCAUAACCAACUCGACCAGAAAUUACGAAACCCGAGCUGUAAAUCGUCAAACUGCACCAAUUUACAGUUUUGAAAAGUCUUUUCAGUCUCUUCAAGUACAACUGAAACGUUCUGGAAGGACAAAUAAAGCGGAUAUUGAAAAGAUACUUGAAGAAAUACAAUUAACAGGAACUGUUCCAAGCUUGGAGGCACUGCUACUUAUUCGUUGUUGCGGAAGGCCCCUGAUUGAUCAAAAUGCAAAAGAAGGUGUUCGAUUGGUGCAGGAUAUAUGGGAUACCCUGGAAAGAUUGAAAAUUCCCAUGGAUGUAUCCCACUACAACGCCCUUCUCAGUGUCUACCUCGAACGCGACCACUCAUUCUCUCCCGCCGAAUUUCUCCAGAUGAUGGUGGACAAACAAAUCACACCAAAUCGCGUGACUUACCAUCGCCUGAUCGAAGGUUACUGUCGAAAAGGUGACAUCGCAAAUGCAACUAAAAUAAUAGAAAUGAUGCGGACCAACAAUUUACCCCUUUGCGAAAACGUCUUCAAUGCUCUCAUAACGGGUUACGCCGCGACAAAUGACAUGAAAAAUGCUGAGGCAACAUUAGAAACAAUGAAAUCCUCAGGAAUUGAGCCCUCAGCUGAUACCUACUGCGCCCUUCUCUGUGCCUACGCCAAACACGGAGACGUCCCCUCGAUCAUGAACACAAUGACGAAGUUGCAAUCGCUAGAAAUAACAUUAUUGGACCACCACCUGAUGGAAAUAAUAGAGAUAUUAGCAACUAACGGACACACUGAAAAAGCUGCAGAAUUCGCUUUAAAACUGCCGAAAGAUAUAAAACAAGAUACCGAAGUCGGUCGGCUGCUCAUCAAGUUAAUGGAUGGUAAACAAACCAAUCUUGCACUGGAAAUUCUCAAGAACACCACUGUAGACACAACCAGACUGCAGGCCCGAUGCAGUUUUCUACUGCGAGCAGUAGCAACCAAUCCACAAUUCACUAACGAUGAGAUAAUUAAUCUUUGCUCUCAUCUAGUAGACGAGGGUUUUCACGUACGACCUUUUGCUCUCGUACUUUAUCACAUUCUGUCACAGAAUGCAAAUCCUAGUGUUGCCAUUCCGGUUAUGAAGGCUUGGGAGAAACGAGGUGGAGAGAUAAGGGAGCACUACUUUUGGCCAUUGCUGAGAGCUCAGGCACGUGCCAGCAAUUAUCAAGGGAUCCUUGAUGUUCUCCAAUCAAUGGUCGAUGAUUUUAAAAUAAUUCCGUCAAUCGAUACAUUACGAGACUACACGAUUCCUUUCAUGUUUGGUACAUGGGACAAUAUAAUUGCUAAACUUCUACCUCUGGGUAUCGAAAAAUCCACAAUUUUGUACUCGAUCGCGCACAGAUCGAUUAAUGAUAAAAAAUUGAGAAAUGCUAUGAUGUUCAUGAGGUCUUACCCCAUAAAAUAUCCCAAGGAUCUGUUCGUGGAACAGAUGGCAUUCUCUUUAAAUAUGUGGGAUGAUACAAAAUCGUUUGUGACCAUUUUACGAUUUCUGGCCGAUGAAUCCAAUGAAAAUGACGAACAUAGUGAUAAUAUUCCGAUUGGUAUUGCCGAUGACGCAAUCGUAGCUGUGUUAUCUACUGUUCCAAAGUAUCGACCUAACAUAGUGGAGAAGCUGCUUCAAGAGUACGAGACUGCAGGUGUCAGUAUUUCUCCUGAAGUGGGGGAGACUGUGAAAUCCUUUUUCGAAUCUAACAAAGCAGCAGAACUGGAACCCCUCAUCUCCAAGCUGACCUCCGGCACGUUGAAAACAGUACCAAUGGAGCAAUACAAUCCCUACGAUAAAGAGAAUACCAAUGAUUAUAUCAAGAGGCCAGUCGGAAUAAACAUAACAGAUUUGAGAACUCAAUUUGCUAAUAAUCUGGAGAGUAAGAAUGAGGAGAAGAUUUUUAAAGUUCUACGACAACUUGAAUCAUUGGAUUAUUAUUCACCAGCGGUUUUAGCUCAAGCACUUGAGUUAUUCUGUUCUACGGAGAAUGUUGAAGGUGCUGAGCACUGUUUUAAUAAGUUUAAAGAGCAUUGUCAAGAAGCAACACUCGAUAGCAUGAAAUUAUUGAGCUUUGCCACACUUAUGGUGAAGAAAGAUCGUCUUCAAGAUGCUGUUAAGAUCCUCGCUGAUGGCCCAGUGCUGGAUGACAAUGAAAAAUUAUCACGAGGACUUAGAGUUAAAGUCAGAAGUCUGUUGGAGGCAAUGGCUGAGACACGCCAUGUCGAAAAUACCCAUCAGAUAUUCAAUUUACUGAAAUCGAAGAACUAUGUGGUCUGUGAUAAUUACACACUUGGACCUUUAGUGAAAGUACAUUUGCUCAGAAAUGAAGUUGACAAAGCGAUGGACCUUUUUGAACGUUUUUCAAAUGACUACAAAUGUACUCCAUAUAAAAAUGUUCUUGCAACAACCCUGAUCAAUGCUGAAGAUGCUAAUGCCCUUCAGCGAUUGACUGAUCUGUGUACCGAGAUUCAUGGAGAAAGUAAUGCUUUAGUUGAUCUUGCAAUACUUUUCUUGGAGACAGGAAGACCUAUUCAGGCAAGAAAAAUCCUUGAAACCUCUGGUAUUCAGAUAUUCAAUGACAAAAUCACAAGCGCCAUUAGACAUUUUGAUGUAAAUGACAAACCAUCAUGUGUCGAGUUGUUGACAAAAAUCAUGAGGAAUGUUGUGAGGAUAGAUCGAGGACAUUUGUACAAUUCUCUCAUUGAAUUCUAUAAUGAGAAAAAUGAUUAUCAGAAGGGUUUGGCUCUGUGGACAGAGAUGCAGGAAAUCGACGUGCAACCAACUAACUAUUUCCUUGGGACUUUGAGUUCAUUGUUGACGAGAAAUGGACAGCCAGUGCCUUUUGUUAUUCAAAACACUUCUCGUGGAUUAUCUCAGCCAUCUUCUACAACAGAGUCAUCACGUAAUUCACAGAGACAGAGAUACAGAAGGGCUUAUGAUGCUGGUAACAAAUUCAAUGAAGCUUUGAAGCGUCAGGAUUGGCCUGGGGCUGAGGAUAUCAUCAGGUCGGAAUUACGAACGAGGAAGGACAUGAAAGCCAUGUACUCCCAGUUGAUCAAGGCGACCCUGGAGGUUGGAGAGGUUGACAGAGCUGCUGAUCUUGUACGAUCUGUCAUUCACAAUUUGGGAGGAAUUAGCAGAGCGGUAUUUUCAUUGGUAUGUGAUGAAUUGCUGAGGAAGGAAAAGUAUUCGACAAUUGAGGAGAUGGGAAGCUAUUUGCAGGAAAUUCCUAAGGAUGAUCUUGAUUAUUAUAAAAUACUCUCCCAUUGUAUGAUUAAAAAAUUGGGAAUUCGAAAAUAUGUUGAGGGGCUGUCUGUUGAUGAAGAUGGAAUUAAAUAUGCUGAAAAGAAAAUUCACUUUGGAGCAAUGGUUCAUGGUUUGUUGGAUGAUCCUGAGUUCUUGGAGGAUUACGAAAAAUGGGCGAUAAAGAUGGCGGAUUCCCAGAUCACGAGGGCAGUGCAUACUUUGUGGAAUUAUCAUUUUAUUGCUAAUAAUGAUAAGGCUCAGGAGCUCUGGAGCAAAUAUAUUCUGCUUUCUAAUGCGCCAUUGGUGAGGCCCAUUAUUGAAGUGGCCGUCGAGAGGAAAGAUCCAGCCUUGUUGAAGAAAUUGGUGGCCGACUUGGACUCACACCCACGUUUAAAUGUUGGAACUAGGUGUAGAGCUAUUUCUGGAUUGAUUAGGGCUUAUAAUGCUACAGAGCAGUAUGACGAAGGAUUGAAAGUUCUGAAUGAGGCAAGCAAACGAUUUCGCCUUACGAUGCUGAGAUUAGACUGUCUUCAGGAACUCAAGGAUGGACUUGAAAAAUCUGGAAAAAUUUUCCCUUUCAAUCUGGAUAAAGAUGAUGAUAAUGUGGAGAGUGAGCUACGCCUGGACGAACGAUUACAAGAAUCUGGAAGAGCGUAGGAAGUUAGUGCUGAAGAACGAUCAAUUAUCAUUUAAUCUAAUUUCUCUACCGUUAAGAUAUGAUGAUUCAUCAUUAUAUAAAUAAGCAUAAAAUUUAUUGUCAACGUCGUUUCUCGUUCUGCAGAGUAGUUUUUGAUGUAUGACAGCCAAGAAAACAUGGGAUAACCAUUAAAGUAAUCUGUAUAAAAUUUA